CAUCCCUUUCUUUCUUCAAUCCUGCUAUUGAUUGCCGUUUAUGAUUUUCUUUCCACCACUUUAUUGCUUGCUUGCCGAUGGAACCCUGAUAAGUUGAACCCAACUGCCAAAUUAUGUACAUUUUGCCCAAAUCAAGAAUCCAACUGUCAUCGAGUACACGGAUCCUGGACGGCCGAUGGAGCUCUAAAUCGUUUAAUACGUUUUCAUGGAUUUGUUUUUGUAACUGCUAGGCUAUCUACACAUCCUUUCGUCAAUACCCUUACUUUACCCUCUGUCUUCUUUAUUCAUGAUUUCAUUAUUCAUCAAUCGGGUAUCACUAUCAGGGCGCAGCGAAGAAGAAACGUUACUCUUUUCAACAACUUAAAUACACUUAUAUAUCUAACACAAAUUAAGAUUUGUUGGCUUGACCUUCAUGAAUUCAGCUACUGUAGCACCCUACGUUUCCUGCAAAUCGGGAAACAAGAACGACCUCUUCUGGAUCCUGUCUUGCCUGCUUCCAAAGUUCUUGGGGACUUCAUUUGCUUUUGUUAACUUCCUGUUAAUCACAGCAAUUGAUAGGAGUCCCUCUGCAGUGUUGGCCUUAGAGACGUUUGGGGAAAGCUAUCCAUAGCCAGGAACUUCUCAGACUGCUUGUAGCUCGUCUUUCUGCCAUUUACUUCCUACCAUGGUUUCGUCUCAGUUUUGUGGCUUGACCAACACUGGCAAGAAUAACCUGAUUCGAAGCCAGCUUCUUUUUCCUACAAACACCUCCGAUACUGCACCUCUGGAUUCUGUUAAUUUGGAUUUCUCUGACUUAUUUGGCUCCAUACCGCUUCAUGCCUCAACUGAAGUGGAGGCUAUUGAUGUAGAUCUUCAUGUCUACCAGGAAGAUUCACGUGAGCUUAUUUAUGAUGAUCCUGAAGUUAUUUACAACCGGUCUCAUUCUUUGGUCGGUCCCUCUUCUUGUGCAAGUAAAUCUCUUAAGCUAAGCAAUCUUACUAUUACCGAGACCGAGGAUUCAGGGGAAUUAGUUGCCUGUAUCAGCAAAGAGACCAACAGAAAACUUCUAGAACCUCCUAAUGAUUCUUUUACUGAUACAAUAAUUGAAGGUGUUGAUAGAAGUUACAUGAAAGUUGAGAGUGUAGGUAUUGACGACUUUGAAGUUCUGAAGGUUGUUGGGCAGGGUGCAUUUGCGAGGGUUUAUCAGGUGAGGCGAAAAGGUACGUUAGAGAUAUAUGCCAUGAAGGUCAUGCGAAAGGACAAGAUAAUGGAGAAGAAUCAUGUUGAAUACAUGAAAGCUGAGAGGGAUAUUUUGACAAAAACUGACCAUCCGUUUAUUGUCCAGCUAAGAUAUUCAUUCCAAACAAAAUAUAGGCUAUAUCUCGUUCUGGAUUUUGUAAAUGGUGGCCAUCUUUUCUUUCAGCUUUACCACCAUGGGCUUUUCAGAGAAGAUCUUGCUCGUAUUUAUGCUGCCGAGAUUGUUUCGGCAGUUUCUCACCUCCAUUCAAAUGGCAUAAUGCACAGAGAUUUAAAACCUGAAAAUAUUUUGAUGGAUGACCUUGGCCAUGUUAUGUUGACUGAUUUCGGUCUGGCAAAACAGUUUGAAGAGAAUACAAGAUCGAAUUCUAUGUGUGGAACUCUGGACUAUAUGUCACCGGAGAUAGUUCUUGGGAAAGGUCAUGACAAGGCUGCAGAUUGGUGGAGUGUAGGAAUACUGUUAUUUGAAAUGCUUACUGGGAAGCCUCCUUUUACUGGGAAUCGGGAAAAAGUCCAGCAAAAGAUAGUGAAGGACAAGAUCAAGCUGCCGGCAUUUUUAUCUAGUGAAGCACAUUCUCUCUUAAAAGGGCUGCUUCAAAAGGACGCGAGAAAGCGAUUGGGCAGUGGGGCUAUGGGAAGUGAGGAAAUCAAGCGCCACAAGUGGUUCAAGCCAAUCAAUUGGAAGAAAUUGGAGAAGCGGGAAAUCCAACCAAGCUUUCGGCCUGAAGUGGCCGGGAAACACUGCGUUGCCAACUUUGAGAAGCGGUGGACUGAAAUGCCACUUGUUGAUUCUCCGGUAGCCAGCCCUAAAACCGAAGGGAAUCCCUUCACCGGCUUCAGCUAUGUCAAACCUGCAGCCUCAUUCCUCAACCUCAACAGAGAUGCGCCUGUCUAUUACUGACAUUGAAUUCUGAAACCGAUUUGCUUUUAAUCAAUUAGCAUGAAUAGCCAGACUUGUUACUGAGUUCUGGAUUAUGAUCUGAUUGGCAGACAAAUUUUCUUGCUUUGUUUGACUAGUAACUUGGAAAAUGUGACCGGGUGAUUCGAAAGCGAAAGGAAGACAUCUUUAUUUAAAGUUUUAUUGAAUUUUAUGUUGAUGCAUUCACAGAUACAUUGAAAA